AUGUCGCAACCUUCAGUCGAUGCCAAAGCUUACUAUGGCUAUCUCUUCCAUGAGAACAAGAAGCCGACCGAGGUGCUGGAUGCGCUGUUGAGGGGCAUCGCGAUUUAUAUUAGUAAUUCAGUGGGAGAUACCACGGAGAAGAAGUUGACCCCGACGAAGCUUGCGAGUUUCUACAAGGCUGUGGGAGGCAACUAUGACUCCCUCUUCGUCGACGUCCCGCACCCUUCGAUUUCAUGGAUUUACGCCUCGAUAGGCUGCCAGCAUACUCUGCAACCCUCCUCGAACGAUUUCGUCCCUCCGACAGUACCUGCGCUUACCAAGCGAGGCUUCGUGAGAUGGCAGUCUAUAGAGAUAUUGUUGGGGCCAGAGGAACAUGUGCCAUUUAUACAGAAUGCGGUUCAAAACUUUGGGAUUAAACACCCGGAUACUGGAGAGCCUUUUCCUGUCGACCUGCCGAAAGAGGCCUUCCCUUUGAUACCAGAUGUAGCGAUAGAGAAAUGGCAUAGUGACUGCGCUGCGAAACUACGAGAACGGGCAACACCUGAGGUGGAUUCUGCAUCUGCGCGACCGGAUCUUCCCCCAAGGCCAAAGGUACAGACCGGUUAUGCACACGUCCGAGCAGGUAGACCCAGAGGCGACUCGGGUUACUUUGAAGAUUCUAGAUCUAGACCGUCAACGAGACCGAUAUCAUACUCACACGUCCCUGUAGCAGGAGGCCGCCCUGUUCGACCGAAGCUGUCUCACUCUCCUACUUAUCGCGCACGUCAAUUUCUAGCUCCAGAAGAGCCGAUGGUCCAACGUGUCCACCGAACCAGGCGAAGGUCAUUGCCCGAGAACGUCAGUCCGAUUUCUCCUACGACGGUGCCGGUAGACCUACCUACGAAGUCGCCAGAACAUGAGUCACGAGCCAGAGGACAUAGCCACCCUAGGCAUUCCAGAAGAGGCAGCUUGUCUUCCGAUGCGUCGUCUGAACGUGAGAGUCCUCAUGAAUCGCAAGAGGCAAAACGCCCAAGACACCGUUCACAGCCAUUCCCGUAUCAAGCUCGAGUAGACGAGGAAGUAAAUUCUGCUAGACAUGCUCCGUCCGUUCCUACACCACCAGAUCCAAGAAGGAGAGUAGGUCGAUCGGGAGAGAGAAGAGAUAGAGAGGAGGAAGAUAAAAGAAGAAGUCAACCUAUACCAAUCGACUUAUCCGGAAAACUUUCAGCACCAUUCAUGCUUGGCAAGAGGGACAAAACCCGAGAUCGGGAACGAGACCGGGAACGAGAAGCAGAAAAGACAGACCGUCACCCCCGAAGCGGUUCUCGAAACGCCAACAAAGUUAGCUGGAAAGACCUCGGCGAAGUCACUGAGGCCUGGCGUCGCUCCAGUAAAGAUUCCUCACAAGAUGAAAGUCACUCUAGACAUCGAAGCGAGCGCAGCGACGAGCGCGUAGACUACAAAACUCGAGACCGUGAAAAACACAGCGAUCGAGAAAGCUAUCGCGAACGUGACCGCGAUAGAGACAGGGUUACAAGACAUCACAGUCGCCGGAACAGUCAGGAAGAUCUACUUGUGAGACCGCGGACCAGAGAACGUGAUCAUGAGCGUGAGAGGGAGCGAGAGUCAGAGAGGACAAGGGGGACGGGGACUGAUCGGAGGGCUUAUAGGGAUAGGGAUAGGAGUCAUCAGAGUCCUGUGAGGGGCGUGGAUGGGAGAAGAUACCCGAGUCAUACGUAG